GGUGACGUGACCUUUCUGGGACUACAAUUCCCAGCGUGCCCCACACGAAAGCACCGUUAUUUGGUAAUGAUGUGGAUUUGAAAGGCGAUGCAGCUCCGCUGGAGCCGCUCUGAAGUGAAGUGACCGACGUCGCAGUCGCAGCAAUGUACGCACUAGUUGCCCCGGCGAGACGGGCAGUGGUGACGGGCCGGAGCGUUCGGUGUUGGGCCAGGCUGCCGGUGAGCUGGCGGUUCGCGGACCCUGGAGAGGGUCUGGCCCGCGCUCAGGGCUCCGCUGCCAGCCUGAUCACGGAGGGGGCGGCCUCGCUUCUCCGGGACCACUCUAGGAAUGGCGACAGGGUCCUCAGCAUCGCUAACAUGAACCCGCAAGUCCGGGCUACUGAGUACGCAGUGCGGGGACCUAUCGUCAUUAAAGCGGGAGAGAUCGAGAAGGAGCUGCAACAGAUGCUGCCAGACCUUCUGACAUCUCCAAAGAAGGGUGUCCAGAAGCCUUUCACAGAAGUAAUCAAAGCUAACAUCGGAGAUGCUCAUGCAAUGGGACAGCAGCCAAUCACAUUUCUGAGACAGGUUGUUGCUCUUUGUACUUAUCCAGAACUGCUUGAAAGUCCACACUUCCCUGCUGAUGCAAAGGAGAGAGCCCAACGUAUUCUGCUGUACUGUGGGGGUCAAAGUCUAGGUUCCUACAGUGCAAGCCAGGGUCUGAAUUGUAUACGUCAAGAUGUUGCUAAGUACAUGGAGACGAGGGAUGGAGGAGUUCCUGCAGAAUCUGAUAAUAUUUAUAUUACUACUGGAGCAAGUGAUGGAAUAACUACCAUUAUGAAACUUCUGGUGUCUGGAGAAGGGAGAAUGCGGACUGGAGUGAUGAUUCCAAUUCCACAGUAUCCCCUGUAUUCAGCAGCCAUCUCCGAGCUAGGAGCCACCCAAAUCAACUAUUACCUGGAUGAAGAAAAUGGCUGGGCUCUGGAUAAAAAUGAACUGAAACGAAACCUGAGUGCAGCAAGGGAAUAUUGCAACCCCAAAGUUCUUUGUAUUAUUAACCCAGGAAACCCAACUGGCCAAGUGCAAAGCAGAAAAGGUAUUGAGGACGUUAUUCGUUUUGCUUAUGAGGAAAAACUCUUCAUUCUGGCAGAUGAGGUAUACCAGGAAAACAUAUAUUCUGAGGACUGCAAAUUUCACUCAUUCAAGAAAGUGUUAUAUGAGAUGGGUCCGGAGUACUUCAGCACAGUAGAAUUGGUCUCAUUUCAUUCUACAUCUAAAGGAUACACAGGAGAAUGUGGAUUUAGAGGUGGUUAUAUGGAAGUUAUUAACAUGGACCCUGAGGUUAAGGCUCAGCUUGAGAAGCUGUUAUCAGUUCGGCUGUGCUCCCCUGUCCCCGGGCAAGUUGCCAUGGAUGUUGUGGUAAAUCCACCAAAGCCUGGAGAAGAAUCUUAUGAACUGUUUACAUUGGAAAAGAUGAAGGUAUUGCAUAACCUUGCUGAGAAAGCUAAGUUAACAGAGGAUGUCUUGAAUACAAUUCCUGGAAUGCACUGCAACCCUCUGCAAGGAGCUCUGUAUGCAUUUCCAAGAAUAUUUGUUCCUCCCAAAGCAAUCGAAGAAGCUGAGACCCAUGGGAUGGUACCAGAUAUGUUUUACUGUAUGAAACUCCUAGAGGAGACUGGAAUUUGUGUGAUUCCUGGUAGUGGAUUUGGACAAAAAGAAGGAACAUAUCAUUUCAGAAUGACCAUUCUCCUUCCUAUUGAGAAGCUAAAAGUGUUAUUGCAAAAUGUGAAGAAUUUCCAUACUCGGUUUCUUCGGAAAUACACAUAAGCAUAGUUGAUUUUUGUUUUCACCGGAGGAAAUAACUUCUAAAUGUUCAACUUACUGUUCCCCAAUUUUUAUUACCAUGUAAACUGAAUGUUCGCUGAAAUAAAAUGGCAUAAUUAUGGCCUACAAAUCUCAAUUGCUGCAGCUAUUUUCCAGUUUGGUAUUGUGACACCAACGUGUGCUGCACUUUUUUUGAUAGUACUCCCAAUGUAGACAUAUGUACUAUUUGUUGGAAACAUUGGUUUUGUUGCACUUCAAGGAGUUUUUUUAAAUGAAAAUAUUUCUAGCAACAAACAGUAUGAUAUCAAAUAUUUUUCUAGGUUCAAGCCUCUAAUCACAAACGGUCAAAAGCAGACAUUUGGGGUUGUGCCUUCUUUUUUUUCCUGAUUGCCCAUGUAUUGUGGGUGACACUGCAUUAACUGGACUAGUGAGUGGCCUUUAGUACACUUAUGUAGCAAGACCAUAUGUUCAAUCAAGGUAGAGUAUUGGUGUGUAUACAGAUGGAUUUUCAGCAGGCUAAAAGCUGAUGCUUGAAUUCACAGAACAAAUGCUAACUUGUAACACUGCCAAGUGAAUGGAUUUUUAACAAUAAUUCAAUGCAUUUGGCAGUGAGAUUUUCUUCUGAACAAUAGAUGUAAUGUUUACAUUUUUACCUUUUAAAGCUUGGGAGGACAAAUGUUACAACUGUCUUUGUAAAUUACGUAAUUCUGAAUUGGUUUUCUAUUCAAGGGCUUCCAAGUAGAUGAAUUCAGUAAAGCAAAACACAGAUUGGCUUGUUGUGGAGAGGGGGGAGAAAACUGCAGUCUGCAAGACUGUUGGGUUAAAAAGGAUUUUCUUAUGUCUUUCUUUCUGAUAAUGUUUUGAGCUUAUCUAUGUUUAAUGUCAAUGAACAAGAAAUAUCUGUUCCAAUAAAUGGCCUUUUUUGCUCUUCAAAUUUAA